AUGUGGAUUCCUCUUCUUCUCCUCACGCUCUGCUUUUCUACGUCCCAGACUGAGGCCCAAGCAUGUGCGAGCAUCCCCAGUAAAUGUGAAACAGAGCAGAGUUGGACCAGGUGUUAUGAGGAGGCCAUUGCACAGUGUUCACUUCCUCGUUUCUCGAAUCUCAACAUCAAACGUAACUGGGUGAAUUCAUUACAGAAGGCUGAAGUAAACGUGACGACAAAGUACACGGUUCAGAUCCCGCCCUCGGCUCUUCAUAAAAGCAGAUGGAAUGAAUCUGAGAAGGAAGUCCUGCUGGUGGUCUCGGUGAUCAGCAGCACAUUUUUCAAGCAGCAGACUCCUCGUCCAAGAAAAGGAAGAGGUGUAUUUCCCCUGCAGCCAGUCCUCCUACAGGGAGAGGUUCUAGGACAGGAAGUCCUGUUUGUGAGGGCAGGAUCCAGACCAGUCAAAAACCUCACUCAUCUCAUCACGUUAAGGUUCAGGCAUAAAGAAAUUAAAACAAAUUCAAAGGCAUUGAGUGUAACUUGUGUGUUUUGGAAUGACUCGGUGCCUCUGAAUGAACCAGGUCGCUGGAGCACGUAUGGCUGUAGUACAAGGAGAAAUGGAGAGGAGAUUAUUUGCAGCUGCAAUCAUCUCAGUUUCUUUGCUGUUCUUGUGAACCCAAACACAGAGGUGGAUGAAAAUCACAAGGACAACCUGAGCUACAUCACCUAUGUUGGAUCAGGACUCUCUGUCCUGUUUGCAUUCAUCAGCUUGUUCAUCUAUGUUGGUCGGCAUCGGAGACGUCCUGAGAAGGCCAACGGCGUGCACAUACAACUAACAGUAGCGUUGUUCUGCCUCCACCUGGGUUUCCUGGCCUGCAGUUUCUGGGUUCAGCUUCCAAACGGGAUGGACAACAGCUGGGUUUGCUAUGGUCUGGGUCUGUUUUUACACUGGUCUCUAGUGGCCACCUUCACCUGGGUAGCUCUGGAAGGAUUCCAUCUUUACCUACUCCUUGUUCGAGUCUUCAACAUUUAUGUGCGAAGAUACCUGCUCAAACUCGGUAUUGUGGGAUGGGGUCUUCCUUCCCUGGUUGCCAUAAUUUGUGGAAUUUCAGGUGCUUAUGGCAAAUAUAGUCUGAAACUAAGAAAUUCCAACAUAACAACACAAAUAUGCUGGUUGAGCAGUGAGUUCCAGUACAGGCAUUUGGUCAGCUACAUUACAGUGAGCUUCCUUUGCCUCGUGGUACUGUAUAAUUCCUGCAUGCUGGCGCUGGUUGUGUUUAAGCUCUGGAGGAUAAGAGGUGGUAGAGAAGGAUAUGAAUGCAGCAGCAACUGGAAGAAGAUGACAAAGGAAAAAUGGACCAGGUUGUGGAAGGACUGUGCCACAGUUCUGGGCCUCAGCUGUGUGCUGGGCUUACCGUGGGGAUUAGCUAGCGUCACAUACAUUACUUUAGCUGGGAUCUACGUGUUCACAAUAUUCAACUCCCUGCAAGGUUUUUUCAUGUUUCUAUGGUCUGUGGCUUUGUCCUGCAAGUCUCAAAAAGAGCAAAACUCAUCAUCAGACAGAGACUCGUCGACCCAGAAAAUGAUGACAACCAGUUGUUGAUAACUGAUAACUGUGAGAAAGAAAAAUGCAU